GGCGGGGGGCGGCGGCAGCAACGCUGAGGCUGUGAGCGAGCGAGUGCCAUGGCCGGAGCCCGCUGAGAGCCACAAUAGCAGCGAGCCGGAGCGCGACCCCGCCGUCCGCCGGGACCCCCCCGCUUCUCCUGAGGCAGCCGCCGCCGCUCCAGCCCCGUUCCGCCCCUCGCAGCGCCAGCCUCCGUCGCUAUCUCACCUCCCGGCCGCUCCGCUGCUCCCCCUCGGCUCGGCCCGCACUCCUCCUCCUCCUCCUCCUCUUCCUCCUCCUCCUCCCCGAGCCGCCUCCUCAGGGCCCCCUCCGCCAGGGCUCCGCCGGGAAUGUGAGAGCGAGGCAGCGGCCAUCGCAGGCAGGGGCCGCGCCGAGUGCAUGGGACUGAGCGGAGCCCGCGCCUGAAGCCGCCGCCAAACGCCGCCCUGCGCCGGGGGAAGGCCGCCGCCAACGCCGAGGCCUACAGGCUGCGGGCCUACUACGAGGCUACGGGCCUACUCCGGGCUCCCGGCGUACCGGCUGCGGCCGUACUACAAGCUCCGGGCGUACAGGAUCCGGCGCCGCCGCCGCCGCAGGGAGCGAGCCCGGCGCCUCCCGCCCUCGGGCAGCCGCCAAGCAGCGGCCGCGCUCCGCCGAAGCCCGGCUCAGGCCGCCGCCCGCCCCCGCCCCGUCUCCGGCUUCUCAACCAGGAGGGUCAAGGGAUAUGUCCUCAGCACCAACUACUCCUCCAUCAGUGGAUAAAGUAGACGGAUUUUCUCGGAAGUCCGUCAGGAAAGCUAGACAGAAGAGGUCACAAAGCUCCUCCCAGUUUAGGUCUCAGGGCAAGCCUAUUGAGUUAACUCCCCUGCCUCUGCUGAAAGACGUUCCAUCUUCAGAGCAGCCUGAACUGUUCCUAAAGAAACUUCAACAGUGCUGUGUCAUUUUUGACUUCAUGGACACGCUUUCAGACCUUAAAAUGAAAGAAUACAAGCGCUCCACUCUUAAUGAACUGGUGGACUACAUUACAAUAAGCAGAGGCUGUUUGACAGAGCAGACUUACCCUGAAGUAGUUAGAAUGGUAUCUUGCAAUAUCUUCAGAACUCUCCCACCUAGUGACAGCAAUGAAUUUGAUCCAGAAGAAGAUGAGCCCACCUUGGAGGCAUCGUGGCCACAUUUACAGCUUGUAUAUGAGUUUUUCAUACGAUUUUUGGAAAGCCAAGAAUUUCAGCCCAGCAUUGCCAAAAAGUACAUAGAUCAGAAAUUUGUAUUGCAGCUGUUGGAGCUAUUUGACAGUGAAGACCCUCGAGAACGGGACUACCUAAAAACAGUCUUGCACAGAAUUUAUGGCAAGUUUCUGGGUCUUAGAGCAUUUAUCCGAAAACAGAUUAAUAAUAUUUUUCUACGAUUUGUUUAUGAAACUGAACACUUCAAUGGCGUAGCUGAACUGUUGGAAAUUUUAGGAAGUAUUAUCAAUGGUUUUGCUUUACCUCUUAAGGCAGAGCAUAAACAGUUCCUGGUGAAGGUGCUGAUUCCUUUACAUACUGUCAGGAGUUUAUCACUCUUCCAUGCACAGCUGGCAUAUUGCAUAGUACAGUUUCUGGAGAAAGACCCCUCGCUCACAGAACCAGUCAUCAGAGGCUUAAUGAAAUUCUGGCCAAAAACCUGCAGUCAGAAAGAGGUCAUGUUCCUAGGAGAGCUGGAGGAAAUCUUGGAUGUAAUUGAACCGUCACAAUUUGUCAAAAUCCAGGAACCCUUGUUUAAACAAAUUGCCAAGUGUGUCUCUAGUCCUCAUUUUCAGGUGGCUGAAAGAGCACUGUAUUAUUGGAAUAAUGAAUACAUCAUGAGUUUGAUAGAGGAGAAUUCAAACGUUAUACUUCCCAUCAUGUUUUCCAGCCUUUAUAGGAUUUCUAAAGAGCACUGGAAUCCGGCUAUUGUGGCUUUAGUCUACAACGUGUUGAAGGCUUUUAUGGAGAUGAACAGCACCAUGUUUGACGAGCUGACAGCCACUUACAAGUCAGAUCGUCAGCGUGAGAAGAAGAAAGAGAAAGAACGCGAAGAACUGUGGAAAAAACUGGAGGAUUUGGAAUUAAAGAGAGGUCUUAGACGUGAUGGAAUAAUUCCAACUUAACAAAAAAACAAAACAGCAUUAUUAACCUGUGGAGUCACACAUUUAUGUAGUAGAAGAUGGAGCAACAGUUUUCUGUAUUGUGCAACUUUACAGUAGAUUUCACAUUUGUUUCAUUAUUACAACAGCACUGUAUAUACCUGUCUCUAAGUAAAGGAAAAAAAUAAGGACUUUAAUCCAAAGUUUGGACAGCAGAUGGACUUCUCAGAACUUUGCAAACAUAAUCAUUGUUUUAACCCUUCUUAAAAACCAGUCUUCAAAGAUCUGUUGAUGAAAAUUGCAAUGUCAAAUUCCAUUGUCAGGACCUGUUCCUUAUUUAUCAUUAGCAGAGAGUAUAAUACAACUUUCGAAUGUGAACAAUCUUAAAAUUUAGCUUGUCUUUCUGCUAAACUGUUAAGUGUAUUUAUAGUAAAAGAGAAAAAAAGACUGUCAUUUCCUUAUGAGUUUGUGUAACAUCCUCCUUCUCUGGAUAACUUUACUGUAAUUUGACUUUUUUUUUUUUCCUUUUGCACAUCUUCAUAAGUUGAAUGUCCAUUCAGAUCAGGACCAUGAAAAAACAUGGGUCCUGAAUAAAAGUUUUGUUUACUGGUGUGAGCAUUUUUUAGUACCAGGCUGUCUCUGGUGCUUCUUUAAUUUGAACAUUAGGAGUAAAAAAAAAAUAGUAGGUGAUAAACAUAGUAGAAAAGGGAGCUUUGGAUUCACGCACCUAUUUAUUGCAAAUCCAAAUUAGUGUCCACAAUCCUUUAAAAAUGGGCAGUGGUAACACCCUAGAUUUCAGUACCUAACCAGUAUUAGUGUUAUGGAAUUGGACACAAAUACCAGACCUGUUUUAGAAAUACUAAUUGCUAAACUAUUACAGUAUGUUUUUAUUGGACCAUUUUGAAAGAAUAAAGACAAACACUAAACAGUGCAAGCAUGAAAUUGAUCUCCAAUGGUCAUGGAUCUGAUUGGGAAAUGAGUUGAGAUAGCAGUUUGGACUGUUUGGAGUUGUUGCCUUACUUUUUAAUAUGUAUUUAUAAAGUGUUCCAGCAAAAGAGGAUGUAGCCUCUAAGAAACAUACUAUAGUGUUUUUGUGGUUUUAGUACUAUUACUCAUCACAAUACCAGCCCUGUGAUCUUAGCUGGAAAGGAUUCUGGAUAAUAUACUUCUGCAUUCUCAUCUGGAUGCUCAUUCCUAACUACUGUAUUUGUUACCAAAAGUGGUUCUACAAAUGCUACUGAAAAAAUUCUGGAAAUCCUAAUGUUCUGAGUAUUAAUAAUAAAGUUUAAAAUGCUUUUAUAUCAAAGGUGCAUUGUGACCAAAUUGUUUAAAACAAAAGAAAAAAAAAAAAAAACAAAGAAGAGGGCUGUAUUAUAAGUAUACAUUAUUGGCUAUCUGCUUUGUAUUUGAAAGUGGAAUCUUACAUCUUUGGUAGGUAAAAUGCUGAUAAGACUUAUGUACAGUAUAUAUUUAGCUAAUGCAGUUGCAUUAUUAUAUACCGAAAGGUAUGUGUUUUGGGAUUUUUCUCCAGGAUGCUUUUGAACUGUUAUAGACAUAUGACAACAGUGAAUUGAUAAUCCUAAACCAUCAAUCCAGCAGUAUUUACAGUAUAAAACUGAAUUGGUGUUCAUGAGUCUUUGUGAUAGUUGCAAACAUGAAUUUAUGACCUGUUGCCAUUGAUAGAAGUACAGUAUAAAUACAAGCUUGUAUGUUUUUCUUCCUACCAUUUAAACAUACAGUAGGAUUUGAAGUUUUCUUGUUUCCAGACACAGAAAAGAGGAAAAAAAGAAUUCCCUCCUAGACUACUGACUGUUUCAGGAUUAUCAGGUCACCGUUUGUACUCCUGGGUCUGCACACACAAAUGUUGUAAACUCAACAAUUUUGUAAAAGGUUGGCACUGUUAAUUCUGGAAAGAAAAGGUGGAACUACUCAUAUGCAACACCAAACACAAUGGGAUUAAUGAGUUUAUUUAAAGAACACUGACUGGGACGCAAUGUAAAUUAGGCAGUUACUGUCAUAGUUGAAACAUUUUAUUUUAAAGUGCUGAAGCAAAGGUGCAAGCUGAAAUACUGAAGAUUAAAUAAAUUUAUAACAAAUCAUGUCCCUU